AUGAAAAUUGCGGUAGUUGGUUCAGGCGUCUCUGGCCUCGCUGCAACUUGGGCAUUGAACGAAUUCAGUGGACACGAAGUCCAUCUAUUUGAGGCAGACGACCGUGCAGGGGGGCACGCGAAUACUGUACAAUUCCAGAAUAAACGCAAAACCUCGUCGGUGGAUAUCGUCUUGAACCCAAGCACUUACCCAAAUUUUCUUCGAUUCCUGGGGAAUCAACCAAAUGUUCAAAUCCUGCCAACAGAGAUGACUUUCAGCGUGUCUCGCGAUAGAGGGUACUUCGAAUGGGCUGGUGAUAACCUCGCGACAGUAUUCUGCCAACCCUCGCGAAUCCUUGACGCCAGCAUGUGGCGCUUGAUUUACGACGUACUCCGAUUCAAUGCCUGCGCACGGAGGCUCAUUACGGGGGAGAUGGACAACGAGCUUUCGAUAGGUGAUUAUUUAGAGACGAACGGAUACUCUGACGCCUUCAGAGAUAAUUAUCUCAUUCCCAUGACGGCGGCAAUUUGGAGCACGCCUCCAGACCUAUGUGCAACAGACUUUCCCGCUAGACCAUUGGUUCAGUUCAUGCAUAACCAUCAUCUUCUACAAAUCACUGGGAAACCCGCAUGGUUAACCAUUGCUGGCGGAAGCAAGAAAUACGUCGAUUCCAUCAUCUCGAAGCUACCGAAAGAACGCCUUCAUCUAUCGACACCCAUCACAUCAGUCUCGACACAUUGCCACGAUGAUGGACAAGAAGUAGUCAUGCUACAGACUGCUUCAGGCCACGAACUAGUGUUUGACCGUGUAAUAAUGGCCUGUCACUCGGAUACUACUUUGGCUGCAUUGAAAGCAGGCGGGGGCAUAACUUUGGAAGAAGAGACGAUUCUCAGUCGAGUUAAGUGGAAUAAGAAUGAAGCUGUACUGCAUUCGGAUAUACAGUUUAUGCCUAAAAGCCGUUUAGCGUGGUCCUGCUGGAAUUAUCUCACUUCGUCUGUCGUCGACAAGUCGGGGCGUGUCAAAGCGAAUGUUGACCAAGUUUCUUUCAUGAACCUCCUUCAGCACAUCAGCGAAGAGAAAUUCGGUCCCGUCCUGGUGACGCUCAAUUCCCCGACACCGGGACCUAGGGAAGACAAGGUAGUGGGGCGAUAUCAAUAUGACCACCCUGUGAUCAGUGCUUCGACUAUUCUCUCGCAAGAAGAGAUGCCAAAGAUUCAGAACAAGCGCGGUAUAGCCUAUGCUGGAGCCUGGCUCGGUUAUGGAUUCCACGAGGAUGGGUUUACAUCUGGUCUCCGAGCUGCUGCCGCUCUCGACGGAGUAAAAAUGCCCUUCAAUAUCUUGGAGCCCGAUAGAGCCCCGGAAGACGCAAAAAUCUCCUACCUAUUUGAUUUGCUCGAAAUGUCGGGCUUGAGGAGAACAUUGGGAUUUUUUGGGUGCUUCUGGCUUGGAGUUUGGGUAGGUAUCUUGGGUGUGAUCGUCGACCUAUCGCACUUGAACGAGACAAGAACGCUCAAGCCAAAGCAAGAGUGA